AUGUUUGUCACAAACGGGGAUGUUUGGAAAACCGUCGUUUGUUCUCUCGUGAUCUGGUUUAGUGGUGGUGCUUGUGGGAUAACCAGCACGCCGCUGAUGUUGUCCACCGUUGGUGGUGUCGUGCUGCUUGAGAUCGUCGUCAGUUUUUGGGUUUGCGCGGAGGCGUUUUAUGUCAACACGGCGGAGGAGGACGUCGGUCCUUCAGCGAUUGACCUCCAUAAUUCACUCAUUGGAGCAUUAGUUAUUGUUGAGCCAUCUUGUUGUGGUGUUUCACUGGUAACUGGUGUGAAGAUGGGAGUGGUAAUUGGUUCCAACGACAUCAUAGGCCUGAUGGGGCUUGUCGGUGUCCCACUAGCUCCACCGGUGUCGCCGGAUGCCAUCUUCAGGUGUUGA